AGGGAAUCAGGAUUAUCGGCAGAACGACUCUGGCUGCUGCUAACAGGGUCACUGUGAAGGUGCCAAAUAACUAGUAAAAACAAUAUUACCUUUUGAUAAAUACGCACCUGUUCACGUUUCAGUGUUACCAUUACGUGUUUCACAAUUUAAACCAUGUCCACCCCGGCUAGAAGGAGACUUAUGAGAGAUUUUAAAAGGCUACAAGAGGACCCUCCUGCGGGUGUCAGUGGUGCUCCAUCUGAAAACAACAUUAUGGCGUGGAAUGCAGUCAUAUUUGGCCCUGAAGGAACUCCCUUUGAGGAUGGUACAUUUAAACUCAUUGUAGAGUUCACAGAAGAAUACCCCAACAAACCCCCCACAGUACGAUUUGUGUCAAAGAUGUUUCAUCCAAAUGUCUAUGCAGAUGGCAGUAUAUGUUUGGACAUCCUACAGAACCGUUGGAGUCCCACUUAUGAUGUGUCCUCAAUUCUUACAUCUAUCCAGUCCCUGCUUGAUGAACCAAACCCCAACAGUCCAGCUAACAGUCAGGCCGCUCAGCUGUACCAGGAGAACAAGCGGGAAUACGAGAAGCGUGUGUCGGCCAUCGUAGAACAAAGCUGGAGAGACAGUUGACCUGAUCGUCCUGCUAGCUGCUCUCCAUUGUUAAGCUGUGUGUGCUGCGAGUUUUAGUGGAGUACCUGUUCAUUUCUGGGCCCCCCCUCCUUUUUGAUUUUAAGCUUUUAUGCACUUUACCUUCAAACUCCAUUCAUAGAAUGUUUUUUUGCCCGCUAAGAGGGAUUUUUUUUUUGUCCUAUUCCCCUCUUCAUCAGGGGAAACGUGCUGAAUCUUGCCUUGAUGUUUUGUCAGUAUGGACUUCUGGGCCAUUACCCACAAAUUCUGGUGUGUUCUUACUUGCUGUAAUAACUCCCAAUGAUAAAUUAUGUUUAAUGUCUUGGAGGGUGUGUGAAUUAAGUCAUGGGUCCUCUUCUGUUGUGCUCCUCAUCUUUUCUGCCAGUUAGUUUUCACAGGGCAGUUUAUCGGCUCCAGUGUGAUCAUCGUACCCUUCCUCGUGAGAAUGAGCAGCCUGAGCAUCACGGACUGAAACUAAAUCAGACGUAUUUACACCGUGUCUUUUGCUGUGUUGUGAACUCUGUUACAUGCAUGACAGAAAAGAGUGUAUUCACGUUCCUGUUCAGUACUCAUGUAUAUAAGAAGUCUGCAUCUGAAUUUAUGUACAGAUUUUGCACUGGUUGUUCCCAUGUCAUUUUUUCAGCACUUGUAAAUAAAAGAAGGAGAAUCCA